UUUAAAUAAACUGACUGGCAGACUGAUGCCGUGGCAGCCGGCUGACGGUGGACGUGAUGCUGCAGAAGCAGUGAAGGUGGAGGACAUGAUGCUGCUGGUGGACACCAUGCUGGAAAACACCGCAGCUGAGGAUGAGAAAGUUCUCAGGAGUCCCACUCGGUUCACUCUGGGCUCAAUGGUGUCUCACUUCCAGAAGCUGUUUGACGUCACCUCCCUCAGCGGGGUGUUCCCCCGUAUGAACGAGGUGUACAUGCGGCUGGGAGAGAUGACCAACGCCAUGAGGAACCUCCGAGACGUUCUGGACCUAG